AUGGGUGUGGUGCGUUUUGGAAAACGCGGCAAGCUAAACCCUCGUUAUGUAGGGCCAUUUAAAAUUCUGCAACGGAUUGGUAAAGUGGCCUACAAGAUAGAGUUACCUGCUGAAUUGGGUAAUAUUCAUGAUGUUUUCCAUGUGUCGCAAUUAAAGAAGGGUUUGUCGGAUGAAACACUGAUCUUACCAUUUCAGGAGCUGAAGAUCGACGACAAGUUGCAGUUCGUCGUGGAACCAAUAGAAAUUAUGGACCGGGAGGUCAAGGUCCGUAAGAACAGUCGUAUUCCGAUUGUGAGAGUUCGUUGGAACUCGAGACGUGGACCGAAGUUCACGUGGCAACGCGAGGAUCAGAUGAAGCUCAAAUAUCCACAUCUAUUCCUAGCUGACAAGUCUAAGUCUGGAUCAACUAGUGAAUUUCAGGAUGAAAUUCCAAUUCAAGUUGGGGAUGAUGUGGCACCCGCGGAUAACACUCAGUCAACCUGA